UAAAUUGCAUCCGGAUUUAGGUUUUUUUAAUCCUACUAUUAUUUGCCUACAUAUGGACACAUAGAAACUUCAUUUGGAAAGAUACCAAGCAUCUUUGUGAAAUAUGCUAUAUGGCGAGUAAAGACAAACCAAAAGAAAGAUGAUACAAUAUGACAAAUGUUCAGUGAGGCCAUUGUCAAACAGAUUUAACCCUUAACUUCUACUGUAUUCCCAAAUGUGAUUUGUGAGAUGUAUACUGGUGACAGCUAAAAACCAUGGCCAUGUACAAGAUCACCAAACAAAAUUCAUUCAGUCUACACUGUCAAAUAGGAUCAUUUACUUUUCCAGGAAAAAAAAUUCACCCUGAUUGGAGCUGUCAUUGUUUAGGAUGUACUGAGACUGUCUUAACUGGUAGUGGUCUGUUUGUCUUAUGCCUCAGAGAAUUAUAUGCAGAGGUAGAAAGCAUAUAAUAAGCUAAAAGUGACAUUAUUUUUGUAAGAAAACAUACCUUUUCUGUUGUUUUUUCGAUCUUUCAGAGGCCGGCGAUGGUAUUUUAAGAACAGAAAGUAAGGUGGCAUAUGCAGAUUGUAAAAUCUCUAGGACGAUGCCACCGAUCCUUUUCCAAUCUAUUGAUAUUAAACAAUGAAGAGAACCCCACAUCUUGGACCUGCAAAGAUCAAAUAUCACUGCUACUUCCAACCAUUUGCUUUUCAUAGAGUUGCUACAAAUAACCCCAGUUCAUAUUGCAAGUUGCAACUUGUUAAGAAGUUCUACCUUCCUUAAGGAACCAAAACCUCCUGUUCUAUGGCCUCUUUAGUGUCUACUCAGUAAGGGUUUGACAUCAUGGAUGAAUCCAUCUUGCAUACUCAUAAAUGGCAGAGGACUAAGUGUCUGAAAUUGCUCUUUGUUGUAUAUAUUUUUAUUGUGAUCGGUGCUGUAAAUUUUGCAGUUUGUCAUCCUUCUGCAAGUGACUGCAUACUUGAUUUUCAGUCUUUGUCAUCCUCAUCUUCAAGCUGUGAAGAGGGUGAUUGGGGAAGUUUUCUAAACAAGGGCUGCUGUGGAGCAGCUUUUGGUGGAUAUCUCUAUUCACUGGGGAAGCAUGCAAAUGAAACAGGGAAAGUAUACUUGAAUUCCACUGAACAGAGGAAUUGCUUGACUUCAAUGAAACGUUUUGAGGCAGAUGCUGUCAGUUGUGGAAUUGAGAAGCUAACAAGUGGUACUGGGGGCUGUUCUGACUUCUUUGUCUUUGAUGUCACUGAAAAGUUGGGAGAUGAAUUUAGGAGUUUGGAGGAAAAUUGCAAAUUUGUGAGUCCUGAUGGAGAAUGGGAUCAAUCAUGUAGUUCUUGUGUGACGAGUUGGGAAGACAUAAGAGGAAUACACUCCACUUUGAAGGAUGAAACUGAUGUUUGUAGGUUUGCAGUGCUGGUAUCACUAAUAAGCAGCAGAACUGAAGAUGAGUCAUGGUUUGGAAAAAUUUACACAUGCCUCAGGGAGCAGGACAUUGACAAAGGUCAUUUCCAUUUUCAAUCAAAUACGCGGUCCUCUGGACGGGAUGAAACAUCAAGGAGUCAUACAAAGUUUAAAAUUAGCACAGGUGAGUCUGCAUCCACCAUCAUAUCAUCACAUCAUAUCUUAGAUGGUUUGUUCUUUUCAAUUAACUAUGGAGAAUUUUUACACGCGUACAGGUUUAUGGUUUCUGAUAGGAGGUCUCAUAGCGAUGGCUUUGAUAAUAACCAUUGGUAUAUGGUUCUUGUUAAGGAGAUGGUGUAUAUAGUGAUUCUGUUUAUUCAUUUGACAGCAUUAAAAGCCGUGGCACCAGAGGGGCCUGGUUGUAUGAAAAUCUCAAUCAAGGAGGUCUACUCUGCCACAAACAAUCUAAAUGAGAAGAACAUCAUUGGUGAAGGAACAGCAGGAAAGGUAUACAGAGGCAUACUACAAAACAAUCAACAUGUUGCAGUCAAGCACAUCAUCAAUGACAAUCAUAUGGAGACCUUUGUCAGGGAGAUCACAAGCUUAUCACACAUCAAACAUCCAAAUCUUGUGGCCUUACUGGGUUAUUGUGAAGUAGAAGAUGAGUGCUUCCUUGUUUAUGAACUAUGUCCCGAUGGAAACCUCUCAGAGUGGCUUUUUGGGAAGGAUAAAGUCCUGUCUUGGAUUCAAAGGCUUGAGAUUGCAAUCGACAGUGCUCAAGGUCUUCUUUUCCUCCACACAUAUCCAGCAGGAUGCAUUGUUCACCGUGAUAUCAAGCCAACAAACAUUCUUCUUGGAGCAAACUUUGAAGCCAAGCUGUCUGACUUUGGAUUGUCCAAGGUUAUUGACCAGGGUGAAUCCCAUGUUAGCUCAGAAGUCAGAGGAACUUUUGGCUAUAUGGAUCCUGAGUACCAAUCCAACCACCAUGUCAACCCAUCUGGUGAUGUAUACAGCUUUGGGAUAGUGCUUCUUCAAAUCCUCUCAGGGAAGAAAGUUAUAAAUCUGAAUCUGAAGAAACCAAUGUCUUUAGAUAAAAUGGCCAAAAUCCUUACAAAAGAUGGAAGCAUAACAGAAUUUGUAGAUCCUAAACUUGAUGGGGAGUACUCAGCAGAAGCUUUUGACCUGAUACUUAAGCUUGCUCUCUCAUGCACAUCGCUUAAGCAACAACGGCCAUCUAUGGAACAAGUUGUUCUGAGGUUAGAAAAGGCCCUUGAAAUCUCAACUAUGGCAAAGGCUUGUACACCUCAACUGACACCAAAUCGUCUAUCAUCUGGAGAAAAGAGAUUUCUCGACGAGAUUCAUUGUUACAAUAAUAUCUUGUUUGACAGUACAUGAACAUUAGAAUACCAAAGCAUAUUUGUACCUAGUUUCAUAAUCAGAAGCUGAUUUAGAAUUUAAUGAUCCAGGAAUUGUGUAAUGAAUCAUAAAUCCAUGGAAUGGUGAUAUCCAUGGAACAACAUUCUGGUAGAGAAUUACUAGACAUUCAAAAUGGCAUUCCCUGAAUGCCAUGAAUCAUUUGACACUACUAAACAGCUUUUCCUUUCCA